GUGCUCUGUAACAGAGCAAGAUUGGUCACCUACCUCCCAGGGUUUUAUUCCUUAGUCAAAAGAGUUGUAAAUCCCAAGGCUUUUUCUACAGCAGGUUCCUCUGGCUCAGAUGAGCCUCAUGUUGCUGCUGCACCUCCUGAUCUAUGUCCAAGAACCGUGUGGCCAGAUGAAGUAAUGGGUCCAUUUGGGCCUCAGGACCAGAGAUUCCAGCUGCCUGGGAAUAUUGGGUUUGACUGUCACCUCAAUGGCACUGCUUCUCAGAAGAAAAGCCAGGUUUCAAAAACUCUGCCUGAUGUCUUAGCAGAGCCUUCAGCAAGUGAAAGGCAUGAGUUUGUAAUGGCCCAAUACAUGAAUGAAUUCCAGGGUGCUGAUGUUCCACAGAAACAGCAAAUAAAUAAUGCAGAAGCUUACUUUGAAAAUGCAAAGGUGGAAUGUGCAGUGCAAGCUUGUCCUGAACUGUUACAAAAAGACUUUGAAUCCAUGUUCCCAGAAGUGAAUGCCAACCGUUUGACAGUGUUAACUGUCACCCAGAAGACUAAAAAUGAUAUGACUGUCUGGAGUCAAGAAGUGGAGGAUGAGAGAGAAAUGCUGUUAGAAAAU